AUGUAUAUGUUAUCACAAUCUUCAUCAACAAGUGGAUCAAGUUUUCAGCAACUUCGCCCACAAUCAAGACCUUUGCUAAAACAGUAUCCAAAGAAAAGGCAAGGGAAUCGAGAAAGAUCUUUCCAAAGCACAUGGUACAAUGCUUUUUCUUGGCUGGAGUAUUUCAAAGAUGCAGAUGCAUGUUUUUGCUAUCCUUGUCAAAUGUUUGCAAAAGAUUCCACAAAAGAAAAAGCAUUUAUAGAGAGUGGAUUCUCAAACUGGAAGACGGCCAUGGAAAGUGGGAAAGGAUUUAAAAAACAUGAGCAGUCAGAGGUUCAUAUGAGAGCAAUGGCAUCUUGGAAAGCGAAAGAGUUUUGUGAGAAACGUGGUCAGACGGUACGAAACCUUAUCCAAGUCAGGCCAGAACACAAGAUAUGGCUGAAAACAGUAUUCAACACUACCAAAUACCUGGUUGCUAAGGGUCUUAGCUUUCGCGGACACGAAGAAAACUCGAUAUUAGAAGAGGGCCUGUCAGGAGGGCUCUAUUUAAAUACAUUCUCUGAUCGUAUUUUUCCUCAAGAUCCUCAUUUGCAACAAAUAUCAACGAAUCUUCCAACCAAUGCAAAAUAUACCUCACCAGAAAUACAAAAUGGGGUAAUAGAAACCCUAGCAGAGAUUGUGAGAGAGACAGUCGCCAACGAGUGCAAAGAAGCAGAGUUAUUCACCCUAAUGAUGGAUGGAACUACUGAUAGCAGUCGGAGGUACAGUAUUAACCUUACUAGAAAAUACAUGCAUGCAGAAACCCUCGCCUUGCUGACAAAACCAUUGUAUUUGCCGAACAUGAAGUAUCUAAAGUAGUUGUCAUGGUAGCACGAUAAUUUUUUAAGAAUAUUCUUACAAAUGAAAAUCGCCUAAAAAUAUAACUUUUAAUUACAAAAUUAUCAAUUUCCCAACAUAUUUAUGUUAGGUAUGUAAUUAUACGUAAUACAAGCUUCAAUUUAAGGUAAAAUUCAACAACAAGCACUUCACAAAACGUUUUAAAGUGUUCUUUAUAAAACUAAACUGCCUUUAUAACCUAUUAAAUGGCUUUAUCGAUAAACUUUGAGUUUGCAAUAAAAUGAUUUCAAAUUCUCGCUUGCAAAUAACUUUGCUUUAUUUUUUAUUUUAAAAAUUCCAUAUAAUAAAAAAGGGAAUCAAUAUUAAAGAUACACCGAAAUUAUAUACUGUCUUGUUUAGUUGUUUCAUAUACGCAAAGGCCGUCGGGUUUUAAAGCCAUUAUAAAAUCAAUAUUUAAAACAAACUUACCUUUGUUAACGUCGGCUCCCUUCUUUUAGCUGAUUCUUUCGCCCUUUCUUUCUUGAAAUUUACAAAAUCUUGCAGAAAUACGAGCAUAAAUGAAGAAUAUUUGCAAGAAAUUUAUCAAUCAUCAACUCAAGAAAUGUUUGCUAUUUCGCUGUCGUCAUGCAGCCGUUAUAAUGCAAACUUUAAAUUGGCCCAAUCAGUGUCCGUUAUUCAUGACAGUCCGCCAUAUUUUUGAGAUCAGUGAGGAUGACCACCCAUCGUUGGUGACCGACGCCCGCGCUCAUUGAUGAACUUUAGACUUCGCUAAUGCUUUCGUUUCCACGGGUGUAAAUAGCCGGGGGGAAUUAGUACCCUCGCACGGCGCUUCGUGCCGCCGGCUCGGGACAAACUUAAAUAACUGGCAGAUUAACUACUGUAGUAGUGUUUGUUACUGUAGUAUUUAAUUCUGGUCAUAUCACAACAAUAUUUAGUGAAAUGGAAGGUGUUGCUUUGAGAUAUUGGAACAACAGCAAAGGAGGUAUUGUGGAACACGUGGUCGAUGUCAAGUUGGCAGAAGACAGGUCUGCAAAGGGUCUUGUGGACAUCGCUACAACAACUCUAGAGGACGAGGGUGAAAUAUGA